AUCUCUCGUUGUGUUAAGAACAAAAUUCCUCAGCAUGACUAUUGAGAAAUGGGAGAAGAAUGAGGAAAUUCAAAUAUUCCGCGAAUACUUGCGAAUUCCUUCCGUGCAUCCUGACAUCGAUUAUACUGCCUGCGUGGAAUUUAUAAGGCGCCAAGCUGAUUCCCUGGAACUCCCUGUGGAUGUGGUCUAUCCAGCAGUUGAGUCUAAGCCCGUGGUGAUCAUUAAGUGGCUGGGAACCGCUCCAGAGCUGCCCUCGAUCAUCCUGAACUCCCACAUGGAUGUCGUGCCUGUGUUUCCGGAUAAGUGGACCCACGAACCCUUUAGCGCCGACUUGGACGAGGAGGGCAGAAUCUUUGCCCGUGGCACUCAGGACAUGAAAUCGGUGGGCACCCAGUAUCUUGGAGCUAUUCGCCUGCUGAAGGCCAGUGGUUUUCAACCCAAGCGCACUGUUUACGUGGCUUUUAAUCCCGACGAGGAGACGGGCGGCGUCCUUGGAGUGGCGGAGUUCGUCAAAACGGACUACUACAAACAGAUGAAUGUGGGAUUUAGCAUGGACGAAGGAGCGACAAGCGCAAGUGAUGUCCAUCUGCUCUUCUACGCUGAGCGAAUUCGAUGGGUUCUCAAAUUGAAGGUCAGUGGAACCUCUGGCCACGGUUCCCUUUUGCUGCCCAACACCGCCGGCGUAAAGCUGAACUACGUUUUGAACAAGCUGUUGGAGUUUCGCGAGUCGCAGAGUCAACGACUAAAGAGCGGCCAAAACUUGGUCAUUGGCGAUGUGACCUCUGUGAAUCUAACCCAGCUGAGUGGUGGAGUCCAGAGCAAUGUGGUUCCACCGCUCUUUGAGGCCAUCUUCGAUAUACGCUUGUCUAUCACCCUGGACUUGGUUGGUUUUGAGAAGCAAAUCCGUGAAUGGUGCAAGGAGGCGGGCGGCGGCAUUGAGCUGGAGUUCCUCCAAAAGGAAUCUUAUGUGGCACCCACCAAGCUGGACGACUCGAACCCCUUUUGGUUAGCUUUCAAAAAAGCCACUGAUGAACUUGGCCUCAAGAUAAAGCCCAUCGUGUGCUUUGGGGCCACGGAUUGCCGCUUUAUUCGGCAGCAGGGAACGCCAGCCAUUGGCUUCUCUCCGAUCAUUAACACUCCUGUCCUGAUCCACGAUCACGAUGAAUUUUUGCAGGCAGAUAUUUACCUGAAUGGCAUUGAGGUCUACAAGAAGAUUAUUCGCAACCUCACUGAGGUCUAGUAUAUCUAUUAAAGUUUCUUGUUUAUCAAGGAUACUUUAUUUCCAUGUUUAAUGUUAAUUUUUUGAGGGUUGAAAAUGUUGUUAACUCAUCCGUCAUAGAAGCGCCGUUCACCGAGAGGUUGUUAACCCCUGUUAAUGAACUGUUUACAUUGCCUAACUGCUGGAUGAGGAAGUCGAGGAAAGUCGAGAACUGCCGCUGCUGCUAUUGGCCAAAUACUUUAAAGAAGUUAACGCUAGCUUCUGUCUAGACAAAGGUGUGGUCAGUGCCAGUCAAAAUCUACCUCCUGUCUAUGCCGAGCAAUUAUUGUUUAUAGUCGAGUAAAUACCCAAUUCUGGUUGGGUUUAUUGAACCCAUUAGCCCGGGUUCUAUUAUAACCUUAAAAAUAUAUUUUGAUACUUUAAAACUCA